AUGGGUACUAUCUACCGCUAUAUGACGACCAACGCCAAGGAAAAGCGUGUCAGUCGUGUAAGGGGCACAAGAGACGUGCUAGUGGAUGAACUGCAGCACCAUCGCGAGGUGCUGGACGUGCUGCAGCAGACUGUUGAGCGCUACGGGUUUCGCAUGAUCCAGACACCGGUGCUGGAAUACACCGACUUGUUCGCGCGGUCACUGGGCAAUGGCUCCGAUAUUGUCAUGAAGGAAAUGUACACGUUCACGGACAAAUCUGACAGGAGCGUGACGCUGAGACCUGAAGGCACUGCUGGUAUUAUGCGAGCUCUUGUAAGCAAUAAUCUGCUCUCUUCACUUCCGCAAAAACUGUCAUACUCGGGCAGCAUGUUCCGGUACGAACGUCCGCAGCGCGGGAGAUACCGAGAGUUCCAGCAAUUUGGCGUGGAAUUUGUGGGCUCUUCAGGCCCAUCGAUUGAUGUCGAGGUUAUUGCCAUGGCAGCUGACGCGUUGGACGCCAUAGGCAUACAGGACAAAGUUGUGCUGGAGUUGAACUCGCUUGGCGAUUACGAAAGUCGCGCACGGUAUCGCGCUGCACUGGAAUCAUAUUUUGCGAAGUAUAAGGAAGAUUUGUCUGCGGAUAGUGUCAAUCGCCUUGACCGAGGGAGCGUUCUUCGGAUCCUGGACUCGAAAAGUGAGACUGACCAGAAACUUGUUGCGGACGCACCGAUUCUUAGCGACUUUCUGUCCGACGAGUCCAAAACGCGCUUUGACGCGGUUCUGAUGGGUUUGAGCGCAUUACGUAUCAACUAUCGGCAGAAUCCACGCCUUGUGAGAGGAUUGGACUACUACAGCAAUACUGUGUUCGAGUUUGUGCAACGAACAUCAGACAUUCCUGACGAGGAGAAAGCAACUCAUGGUGGUACAACGGUGCUCGCGGGUGGUUGUUAUGACGGCCUAGCGGGUUCGUUAGGGGGGCAUGCAACGGCUUGCGUGGGCUGGGCGGCAGGCGUAGACAGGCUAAGUCUACUACGCGAGAUGCCAGCCAAGAGUGUGUUUUCUGUUGCGGUCGUACCCGUUCUUAUUGGCGGUAGUUCGAACCGGGUGCUCCAUGAAGCGAUGCGGGUCGCGAAGACGCUCCGAUGCUCUGGUAUGACCGUUCAUUUCUGUCACGAGUGUGGUAAUAUGAAGAAACAGAUGAAGGCUGCAGAGCGCUAUGGCAGCAGUUACGCCGUGAUUCUCGGAGAAGUAGAAAUUGAUAAGCAGCGUGUGAAAGUAAAGAAUCUCAAGGAGCGUGAGGAGACUGAGGUGCCGAUGGACCAGCUCGAAAGCUUUGACUUUCGUCGAUAG